GUGUGUUGAGUAGCACCCACCUCAUGAUUCCUGACCAUUCAUUCCAAAACUUGAAGAUCUUUCACAAGUUAUGUGAUCUAUAUAAUAGCCAUACAAUCGAUCACAAUGAACUCAACUCUACACAUUCUCUAUUGAUAGCUUUUAUUCAAACCAAAGCAAGUAUAACCCACAAAUUCUUUAUCUGUUUUCCAGGAUCCCUAUUGACAUUAGAAAAUGGGUGUUUGUCUUCCUGGAGCUAUUCUUGCCAAGCAAAUCCUACGCCGGUCUGUCCUAACUGCAAAUAAAACAGGUUCAGCAUCUUCAGAAGUACCGAAAGGCUUCCUUGUUGUUUAUGUUGGACAAACUGAGAAGAAGAGAUAUAUGGUACCUGUGUCCUAUUUGAGUCAGCCUCCAUUUCAAGCUUUAUUAAGAAAAGCUGAAGAAGAAUUUGGGUUUGAUCAUCCAAUGGGUGGCUUGACGAUUCCUUGCAGAGAAUACAUUUUUAUUGAUGUUACUUCUUAGUUGAAUAGAUCAUAAGCCAAGGCAUUCAAGCUAAUCAAUGACAACAAUUUUGUAUAGAUAGCUUACAAAUGAUUUAUCAUACUUUUUCUAAUAGUAAAUUGGAGAAAUCUUUUAACUUGAAA